UUCCGGCCAAAGAUCGAAAAUAGGAAAACACUCCAAGGAAACAUGACAUGGGGGUGCUGGUUAUUUUUAUUAUUAUUAAUAAACUAAUGUCCAUUUUGUAAAUAGUUAAAAGGCGAAGUUUAUAGCGACGACUGAGGCUUUACGAGUAUCAGUGGGCGAAAUGCCGUAUCUGGGCUCCGAGGAGACGGUGAAGGAGCUGAAGAGGGCUCUCUCCAACCCUAACGUCCAGUCUGACCGACUGCGCUACCGGAACGUGAUUCUGCGCGUCAUCCGGUUCAUGACGCAGGGCCUGGACAUGUCCCCCCUCUUCAUGGAGAUGGUGAAGGCCGGAGCCUCGGUGGACAUCGUGCAGAAGAAGCUGGUUUAUCUCUACAUGUGCACCUACGCCAAGCUGAAGCCUGACCUGACCCUGCUGGCCAUCAACACACUGCGCAAGGACUGUGCCGACCCCAACCCCAUGGUGCGCGGCCUGGCCCUGAGGAACAUGUGCAACCUUCGGAUGCCGGGGAUCACGGAGUACAUUCAGCAGCCGGUGCUGACGGGGCUGCGGGACAAGGCGUCGUACGUGCGGAGGGUGGCUGUGCUCGGCUGUGCCAAGAUGCGCAACCUGCAGCCUGAUGCUGAAAUAGAUGGCACUGUCGUCAACGAGCUGUAUGGGUUGCUGAGGGAUCCGGACCCAGUGGUGAUGGUGAACUGCCUGCGGGCCCUGGAGGAGAUCCUGAAAGCAGAGGGGGGCGUGGUCAUUAACAAACCCAUCGCACAUCAUCUGCUGAACAGGCUGAAGGACCUGGACGCGUGGGGGCAGAGCGAGACGUUGGGCUUCCUGCUGCGCUACCGGCCCCGUGACGACACCGAGCUCUUCGACAUCCUCAACCUGCUGGACGGCCACCUGCAGGGCGGCGACAGCGCCGUCACGGCCGCCACACUGCGGCUUUUCCUGCAGCUGGCCUCGGGGCACCCCACCGUCCAGGCGGACGCGCUGGUGCGGGCACGGGGCCCCCUGCUGGCCACCUGCACCGCCAGCUCACGCGAGCUUCGCUUCACGGGCCUGUGCCACGUGCAGCGCGUCCUGCGCAGCCUCCCCGCGCAGUUCUCUCCCGACUACAAGAAGUUCUUCUGCAGCUACUCGGAGCCAGGCUACAUCAAGUUCCGCAAGAUGGAGAUCCUGGUGGAGCUGGUGAACGACGACAACGUGGUGCUGGUUCUGGAGGAGCUUCAGGCGUACUGUACUGACGUCUCUCCAGAGUUGGCGCAGGCCGCCAUCUUUGCCGUCGGUCGCAUCGGGCGGACGUACAGCGAGCGCGGCCUGGCCAUUCUGACGGGAUUGCUGGGCCUGAGGCAGGAGCACAUCACCUCAGCUGUGGUGCAGACCUUCCGGGACCUGGUCUGGUUGUGUCCCCAGUCCACGGCAUGCGUGUGUCAGGCCAUUGCUGGCUGUGAGGAGAUCAUCCAGGACAGUGACGGGAAACAGGCUCUGAUUUGGCUGUUAGGCAUGCAUGGGGACCAGAUCUCUGGCGCCCCCUACAUCCUGGAAGACUACAUUGAUAGCCUCAAGACAGAACUGUCCACCCUGGUGAAGCUGGAGCUCCUGACGGCAAUGACGAGGCUGUUCCUCUCUCGGCCCGCCGAGACCCAGGACAUGUUGGGACGCCUGCUGCACUUCUGCAUCGAGGAAGAGACUGACAUGUGUGUGCGCGACCGCGCCCUAUUCUACCACCGGCUGCUGCGCUGUGGGGUUGAGGAGACGCGGCAGGUUCUGGGGGGCCCCAAGUCAGACCCGUCCCUGGGCCUGAUCGCCGGCCGGCCCGAGGAGCCCAUCAAUAACUGGGCUGCCCAUUUCAACACCCUGGAGCCGGUGUCCAGCUCGGGGUCCGUUGUGGCUGGGAUUGGCUGCGACGGCGCUGCCCUGCCCACCCUCGGCGGCUCUGAUGGUACGACCCACAGCGCUGCAAACUGUACCCUAGCAGUGCAAGAAGCAAGUGAAGAUCUCUGCUCAGGUUUGCCAGAGGAAGCGACGAGUUUCAACCUCACCCUGGGGCCUGCCUUGACCCCAGAGGCCUUUGAGAAGCUCUGGUUGGAGCUGGAGACCUUCCAGACUGUGUCGCUGCCCUGCUCUGAGCCCAGCUCUCAGCCAGAAACCCUGCAGGCUGCCCUGCAGCUGGUGCAGAUCCAGGCCUUGGCCUUCAGUCGACCCGGUAGUGUUCCCUGGAAGGCCUACCUGUACGCCCAUGGUUCAGAAACCAUCAUCCUGGCCGAGCUUCUGUGUGGUCCCGGUUCUGACGAGGAUAGGCUACUUGUGACCGUUAAACAGGAACCCAGAGAUGAAAAGGUUCAGAGAGGGUUCCUGUCCGUGCUGGAGACUGUGCUGCAGACACUGGUCAGUGAUGCCACAUAAUUUAACUGUUUAUUCCUUCUGAAGUUGGAUAUUGAGCCACAAGCAGAGGUAGACAGUUCAGGUCCAGAAAGUAAAAAUCCAAACCAAGAUUUUGUUUCAACCAACCAGUUGAGUUCACUGUGACUGUCACUCUUUAUGCUCAACUGGGUGGUUGAAAUAAAAUCUUAGUCUGUAUUUUUACUUUCUGGAGCUGAACUUUCCACCUUUGGCUACAAGGCAUGUACGUGGGCUGUAUGGUUAUGUCAAUCUCAGCACCUGCAGGUAAGGAUGCUUUCUCCGUGGAAUCUGUGGAAUUUAAUUUCGUUUGUCUCAUUUGUUCAAAUGAGUCACAUACAACUACCAGGAGUUAUUGUAAUAUAUGACGUGUUUGUGUAUAAUUAAAAUAUUUUUGCUCUAA